AUGACCAGGGCCCUUAAAGAUCUGAAUGUUAGCCUACAUUUAAGUGAUCCUGGCUCCCAACCUAUCGAAGAUAUGUCUGACAUCCUCUCGUGCAGAAUGGAAGAGGUUCGUAUUGAGUGGAGAAACCUUGGAAAUAGUAGAGACAGAAGCAGUGAGCAGAGGGACCAGGCUCUGAAGUUGGCGACUGAUUUCAUUCUAAGUCUCAACACCGAUACUAUCAUCUUCACAGAUGGGUCUGCAUUGUUGAACCCAGGUCCUUGCGGAGCAGGCAUUGUCAUCUACUGGACAGGACUGAACUGCAUACCAAUCUGCAUCGGAAAGCCUGUUGCUAGCAGUUCGAGUAGCUUUCAUGCUGAAAUGGUCGCCAUAGAAACAGCUGUGGAACACGUCACCCUGAAGAAACCAGCCCUAGUUGAUCAGGUAGUGCACAUUCUUACUGACUGUCAAAGUGCUGUCAUGGCCAUGACCAGUUCUCUCCACUCUUCAUCGUUCCCAGAGGUUGUGUCUCGCACUAAUAAAAACAUCACUCUUCUAAGAAGUAGAGGCACUACUGUCACAAUCACAUGGAUCGCUGGACAUGCAAAUAUCAUGGGAAACGAACUUGCUGACCAACUAGCCAAGGAUGCUGCUUUGGAAGCUGCAAGCUCAUCAUCAUUAGCUUCCGCAAUUACUCUGCACAAGGAAAGUGCAAAGACUAUCCGUAAGAAUACUGAGAAGCUCUGGCAACGACGAUGGGACAGAUCUACAAAAGGAAGAUGGACAUACCAACUCCAGCCCACAGUUGCCAGGAAGAAUGCACACAGCUCUCUUCCAAGAUCCACAGAAGUGAAGUUAAUGAGGAUGCUCACAGGACAUACCAAACUCAAUGACAAUAUGCACAGAAUUUUCCCUCACAACCACCCUUCACCUAAUUGCAGUUGCAACAGAGACAGGGAAACUAUAGAGCAUGUCCUUCUCCACUGUCCACUCUAUGAGUCCAGUAGACUGAAGAUGAUACAGACUAUAGAGAAAGGAUACAGCAAAACUAACACUCCAUACCAUCUCAGAGAGAUCUCAGUGGUUACCCUCCUGGGUUCCAACCCUGCAAUGACCAAGCAAAUGCAAUCUAUUAUUAGAACAUCGGUGGUAGCAUUUGUCUCAUCCACAAGCGCUAACAUCUAG